AUGGCUGUCAAGGCACUCCUUCCUCUUGCACUCCUCGCGGUUUCGCAGACUGCGCAUGCUGCAAUCACCCGUCGCGUCGCAUGUCCUGACGGCGUGAACACUGCAACAAACGCAGCAUGCUGCGCGUUUUUUGCUAUUAGGGAUGACAUUCAGGAGAACCUCUUUGACGGCGGCGAGUGCGGGGAGGAGGUCCACGAGUCGCUUCGUUUGACCUUCCACGAUGCUAUAGGUAUCUCGCAAUCCAAUUCAAACGCGGACGGCGGUAUCGACGAGAUUGUCGAUGCACAGACUCCGUUCAUAGCUAAACACAACAUCACCGCUGGCGAUUUUAUCCAAUUCGCCGGUGCUGUCGGCGUGUCCAAUUGCCCAGGCGCGCCUCAACUCGACUUCUUCCUCGGCCGUCCAGGGGCCGUUCACCCGGCGGUGGACAAGACCGUUCCAGAGCCCUUCGACACAGUGGACUCCAUCCUUGGCCGCUCUGCCGACGCUGGCGACUUCACACCGGCUGAAGUCGUCGCGCUCUUAGCUUCACACACCAUUGCAGCGGCAGAUCUCGUCGAUCCCAGCAUCCCUGGUACACCCUUCGAUUCCACUCCCGGCAUGUUCGACAGCCAGUUCUUUGUCGAAACGCAGCUUCGUGGCACACUAUUCCCUGGUACCGGCGGGAACCAAGGCGAGGUUGAAUCCCCUCUGCGCGGCGAGAUCCGUCUCCAAUCAGACUCAGAGCUCGCUCGCGAUUCCCGCACGGCCUGCGAGUGGCAGAGCAUGGUGAACAACGAAGCGAAGAUGCAGGCAGCGUUCAAGGGGGCGAUGCUCAAGCUAUCAGUCCUCGGUCACAACAUCGAGGAUAUGAUUGAUUGCUCAGAGGUCAUCCCGGUUCCCAAGGCGCUACCGCCCAAGGCUGCAACAUUCCCCGCUGGCCUGAGCCACGCCGAUGUCGAGCAGGCGUGCGCACCUGCUGCUUUCCCGACUCUGGCUUCCGACCCUGGACCAGCAAUGGCAGUCCCUCCAGUUCCGCCUUCGUAG